GGUUCGAAUAUUAUGCAUAUAUAAUAGAAAGUAGCCACAGGAACAAUUUAAAUUAACGUACAUCAUGGCAGGUCAGCAUUACUGCCUGCGUUGGAAUAAUUAUCAGUCCAAUAUGACAUCUGUAUUCCAUCAACUUCUGCGCAAUGAGGCCUUUGUUGAUGUCACUUUAGCGUGUAAUGAUUCAUCCCUCAAAGCACAUAAGGUUGUGUUGUCUGCAUGUUCAUCAUACUUUCAGAAGCUGCUCCUAGAAAAUCCAUGUAAACAUCCAACAAUAAUUAUGCCACAGGAUGUUUGCUUUAGUGAUUUGAAGUUCAUAAUUGAAUUUGUCUAUCGUGGAGAAAUCGACGUGUCUCAAGCUGAAUUACAGUCUCUGCUGAAAACUGCUGAUCAGCUGAAGAUAAAGGGUUUAUGUGAGGUGCCUGAAGGAAGAGAAGGUAAUGGUGGCUGUGGAGCUGCUGAAGUAACACCUCUUCCUAUCCUGUCACGGCGUUCAUUCACAAAGCUACGCCGCUUAUCUGGUACCAAACGUCAGCGGGGGCCAGACAUGGUGCGAAGAGCUAUCUUCAAGGAAUGUGACCACAGUCAUCACCUUCAACAACAACAACAGUUACAACAGCAGCCUGUAACAACUGUUGGAACUCCCACAGGAACAUCUGUACUUGACCUCGGUGUAGCAGAGCUUUCUAGGCCAUGUUCCUGA